GUUAGUGGUGGGGGUGAUGGUGGUCCUCUACUCGGCUUUCUCUUGCGUCGUUCUUUCGUUCCCCUCCAAUGAUCGAUGGCGUCUAUGAGGAAAUUUGGAAAUGUGGAAAUUUGGGGUCGGUGAAUGCACAAAAGUCCAUGGCCGUCGUCAUCGUCAUCGUUAUCGUCUUCAUCUUCAUCUUCACCUUUCUCUUUCGGCGCCAUCGAUGUCUCUGUGGGCAUGGCGAGAAACUCUCCUGGGCGAAUCCUAGUUCGAAUGAGGAUCUGAUCCAAUGCGAAUCGUAUGAAUGUGGGACGAGGAGGAGUACGUAAGCGACCGAGCUCCUGGGCUCCUCGCAAGAAGAAGCUGAUAGAGGAUCGAGAUUUUGUCGUGGUGAGGAAAAUGCAUGCCCAUGUUGACUUCUCUUCCUCGAUGCUCAGGUGAAAUGAUUUCAUACCUGGACGACAGACAGACAUCAUCCUUAUCCGGUCCCCCUGGUUCCUCCAGAAAAUGAAAGCGGUGCAUUCUUCCCAUUUCUCAUGCAUCUCAAGGAGUCACACUUUCUCCGACAUGUCGCUCCAUGUGCAAGAAUGUACGAAACUUCUUCACGUUCAUGAGCCACGUCCGUGAAUCCAGUCCUUCAAUCAAGAACACCUUAUCAACAGAGCAUACAGAAUCAUCAGCAUCUUAUCUCCGAACUUGAUCACGCCAUUUCAGUGGUGAUGGAUGAACACUUGCCCCCACCCCAAAUGCGAACAUGUACAACAGUCAUGGACUCAGCACUUAACCAUCAAUUCCGUGCUCUCAUGGAGUCGCCAAUCCAAUUUGCUCCCUCAUCGUAAUACGGGCCAUUCCCACGAAAGUAUGGACCUUUGCACUAAAGAGCAAUCUUGGCGCAUUGGUUGGGGACAAGAGGAGAGCCAGCAGAUUUCAGCAGAUCUGCACAGGUCAUUCAUUCAUUCAUUCAUUCAUUUAUUCAUUCGCUCGUGAAUCACAAUUUCGGUUCGCAAUUUCUCGUGGUGUUGCUCCUUAUCCACAAAGCGGAAGGAAAGAAAGAAGUUGUGAAUCUGUCACAAAAUCGUGUUUCGCUGAACGUCUUUCUCGUGACGUGAAGUGAAGCACCUGAGGUGGAAUAAAAAUCCUCUGAUUGCUAGCUGGAUUAGAUCCUUCAUCGCAUCACCGUGCAUCUCAUCUGAUCCCAACACAUAAUUUCUGUCUGCCUGCCUGUCUGCCUGUCUGCCUGCCUGCCUGCCUGCCCAUCGGUCUAUGUAUGACAGGACGGCUUGCUUUGUUCACGGAAAGGUGGGGUCGAUUCGAUCGAUCGAUGAUGAUGAGCAUAUGAAAGGGGAGGGGGAGGGCGAGGGCGAACACUCUCAUGAUGUUGUCGUCGUCUUGGUCCCCGGGGCAGACUCCAAAAAAGUGUGGCGCAUCAAACAUACAGAUUUUGCAGGCCCCCUUCCCUUUUCUCAGAGCCUUUGCUCCUUUUGGCCAAAUUAUUGCCAUGUACACAACUUCUUCAACAGCCUUGUUUCUAAAAUCGAAGGGCCCGAGCAUAUAACAAACAAACAAGCAAGCAUGGCAUUCGUCAACAGCCUGCUUUUGUUUGCUAGUUGUUUUUACUGCCUCUCCAAAUUACCUCCUGCCUUUCUGCCUGCCUCCGUGAUUCUGGCAUGGGACGCUGAUUCCUCCACAAAUUGGCCUCUUCCGCCGUGGAAAGGAACAAACGUGCCAUCAUGGCGCUGCUAGAUUCCACCUCCUCCAUCUCUCUCUCUCUCUCACAGUCAAGAAGGAAGGAGAAAAACCUCGGCCUGCAAAACAUGGCGCAUUUUGAUUAUAUUAUUUUUUAAUAAUAUGGCACGGGAAUAAUGACGGCUAAUAUUUCCUCGUGUCAGGUCGGUCAGUGUCGAUGCAUUUGAGCUUCGAGCUCAGAAAAUAUUCCGUUUUCUUGUCUCAUGUUCGAGGGCAUCGAGUGGUCAGUUGAGCGGACGGAAUAUCUCGUUUUUGCCGAACGGACGGAGCCAAGAGAGAGAGAGAGAGAGAGAGAGAGACGUGGGCCAAGUGAUGAGCUGCCGCAGUAAGUCUCCUACCACGUAAGGUCAGCGGGAGAUCCAAAGGGCGUGGGUAACGAACCGAGCGGGAUGGAGAAGGGAUGGCCUCUUCUCGGUCGGACCGGACGAAGACCGGAGCGCGGACGGGAUCGGGGGCGAGAGACCGGGCGGGCCGUCGACGGAGUCGCGGGUCGUACCGGACUUUGCUUUAAGCGAGAUGCGAGCGUUCGUCUUUACCGGUCGUCCUUGAACGGGUGACUCCGGGGACGGGUCGGUCUGGAAAUCAGGGCUCGGUGGUUAGCGGAACCUCUGGUCGUCGUCUCUGUUGCGGUGGACCGGAGGCGAGGCAAGGCCGAAUUACGUUAACGGGCUUUCGGCGAAGGAGCCUCCGACGUAGUUCCCUCGUCAACUAACCAAUAACUACCCUUCGUACAGUACGAGUGAAGACAAGGCGGGCAUCCGUACUCACGGAAUCGUCGUCGGCUGGAAGUUUGAGGUCCGGUCUUCGGGACGGAGCUCCUUCGGGGCCCCCGAGGUAUAGCCACCAUAUGAGAGAUAACCUAACUGUGGUUAGUAAUACGGAAUUAACGAAACCGUUAGGUUAGACAGGAGUGGGUAUUCUGGGAACGUGUAGCAGUUGACGUAGCGAAUAUUAGUGAUCAGCUACUCCGGACCUUCGAGCCCGCUCGUAGUUCGUCGUGGUGAGCAGUAUGGUGCCUCAUCUGAAUUAAAUAAAUACAAUAUUCAUUUAUUUCUUAUAUCAAUCAAGCAGGUGAGGCUCAUAGUUUUGUGGAAUGAGGGGGCGUAAAUAUUCAGGGGACCAAACUCCACUUUUCUCUUCGAUAUCCAGAGUUUAAGAUAUUUCUUUCUCUCGGAGUAUAUGAAAUUCAAUUCAGCUAUUAGGCAUAUCACAUGCAAACUCUUCAUUCGGAGACUUUUAACUUAUUUUUUUA